AUGAGAAAAAAAAACAAAAAAAACUGUAUGAUACACGGGUUGAUAUGAUUACCAGGGACUGACAGCCUUUAGUGGUUGAAGAUGAAGGCUUCAGAAACUGUGCAGGUUAAACAAAUCGACCCGUUCCAUCAAGAACAAAAGAAAAUGGAUUUGCCCGUGCCUUUCUCCACCAAGUACUUCAAACCUCGGUUUCCGAAUCGCACUUCCCUGGAGACGGUCCGUCAGGAUUUCAACACGUCCUUCGGCACCCUGUCUUUGCAGGAUGUCUGUGAUAUGAUAGCUUUACUGCAUGCCGACAACAACACGCAGAAGACCCUGCUAAUUGUCGCCUACUUGCUCAUCAUGACCUUCUCGCUGUUCGGAAACAUGCUGGUGUGCCUCGUCGUGGUCAAGAUGAAAGUUAAGCAUGCCAUCACCAAUUUCUUCAUCUUCAAUCUGGCUUUAGCACAUCUAAUGCUAACUAUUCUCAACAUGCCGUUUACAUUGGCUCGCUUUGUGAGCAGCACUUCGGACUUUGGGAAGGCGAUGUGUCAUAUGAGCCGCUUCACACAUUACUGCUCCCUCCACGUGUCCACCUUCACCCUCACUGCUAUCUCGCUGGAAAUAUAUCAGGCAAUCAUGCAUCCACUGAAGCCACACAUGACAGCAGCCCGAGGGAUCACCUACAUCUCCUUCCUCUGGAUCAUGGCUUCCUGCUUCUCUUUGCCCCACACCAUUUACCAAAAGCUGAUGCAUUUUGAUCUUGGGCAAGACAACACCCAGCAGCUGUGCCUGCCAGACUUCCCUGCUCCCUCAGACCUCUACUGCAAGUACCUGGACUUGGUCACGUUCAUCAUACUGUACGUGGUGCCCCUGCUGGUGAUCACUGUCACCUACACCAUAGUGAGCAAGAGGCUGUGGUGGCGCAAAAUCACCAGGAACAUUAACAGCAAGCAGUGGCGCCGCAAUCAGAAGACCAUCAAGAUGCUCAUGCUGGUGGUACUUGUGUUUGCCGUCUGCUGGUUCCCCCUCAACUGCUUCAUGGUCCUCUCCGCCAGCAAUGUCAUCAGUAUCAACAACACCCUCUACUUUGCCUUCCACUGGCUCGCCAUGAGCAGCACCUGCUACAACCCCUUCAUCUACUGCUGGCUCAACAUCAAGUUCCGCACCGGGAUAAAGGCCCUGCUCCAGAUCUGUGUCUGGGAGAGGGACCCCGGCCGGGUGGACAUUCCCGCUGUGUCGCUGGAAGCAGGGAGAAGGAUUGCAUUGCCCAAGGCUGGAGGAAGGAGGAAGUCCGAU